AUGCGCGUGCUCCAGAUCACCGGGUUAGUGCUGCUUUGGGUCUGGACCGGGGUUCAAGUCGCGACGGCCGCGUCGUGCGCCGACCAGGUGUCCUCCGGCGACAAGAGCGUCGGCAUUUCAGGAGAAGAAGCCCUGGAUUGUCCCUCCGCCGGCGGCAUUGGUUGCUUUAGUGGAAAUAUCCAGUGCCGCUUCUGCAUGACUUUCAGCACACCGCAGAGCUCGCACUUGGCCGCGUGCAAGACGACAGCUUCGAGUACCUCGACGUCUCCGACUAUGACUCCUUCUGUAGCUUCAACGGUGGCUCCGACUUCGGAUGAAGACUGCGCUGAAGCCCUCACGGUUGCAUGA